ACUGCUGUCACCUCUGGGCGUCGCCGUCGCCCCUGGCAACGCACCGGAAGUCGGGGGCUGGUCCUUUAAGCGGAGCCGCUGCGCCUGCGUCUUGGUUCGGCGCGCCCGCCCACGGCGCCGACGAAGAGAACAUGGCACAGGCGGCCCGGCUGGCACGGACCCUGUGGCCCGGCAGGUGUGCGCUCGCCGACACGCUGGGUGGCCGCCCCUGGCCACCGCUGCUCACGCAGAGCCGGGCUGGCUUCUCUCGGGCAGCGGGUGGCCGCCGGGGGCGCCCGCAGCUGCUGGGGGCGGCGGCGCUGGCCGUGGGGGGCGCCUUGGGACUGUACCACACCGUGCGGUGGCACCUGCGCGCCCAGGACCUCCGCGCCGAGCGCCCAGCUGCGCAGCUCUCCCUGUCCAGCCACCUGCAGCUGACCCUGUACCAGUACAAGACAUGUCCCUUCUGCAGCAAGGUGCGUGCCUUCCUGGACUUCCACGCCCUGCCCUACCAGGUGGUGGAGGUGAACCCCGUGCGCAGGGCCGAGAUCAAGUUCUCCUCCUACAGGAAGGUGCCCAUCCUGGUGGCCCAGGAAGGAGACAGCUCGCAACAACUGAACGACUCCUCUGUCAUCAUCAGUGCCCUGAAGACCCACCUGGUAUCCGGGCAGCCCCUGGACGAGGUCAUCACCUACUACCCGCCCAUGAAGGCCCUGAAUGACCAGGGCAAGGAGGUGACCGAGUUCUGUAACAAGUACUGGCUCAUGCUGGACGAGCAGGAGGCCCAGCACAUGUAUGGCGGCAAGGAGGCCAGGACGGAGGAGAUGAGGUGGCGUCAGUGGGCAGACGACUGGCUGGUGCACCUCGUCUCGCCCAACGUGUACCGCACACCGGCUGAGGCCCUGGCCUCCUUCGACUACAUCGUCCGCGAGGGCAAGUUCGGGGCCCUGGAGGGUGCCAUGGCUAAGUACGUGGGCGCGGUGGCCAUGUACCUCAUCAGCAAGCGCCUCAAGAGCAGGUGCUCUCUGGGGUCUCCCGGGGGCCACCCUGCCCACCAGCCUGAUGGGCUCCCCUCCCCGCCCAGGCAUCACCUCCGGGAUGAUGUGCGUGAGGACCUCUACGAGGCCGCCAACAAGUGGGUGGCAGCCGUGGGCAAAGACCGGCCCUUCAUGGGAGGCCAGAAGCCGAACCUCGCUGACCUGGCGGUGUACGGCGUGCUGCGCGUCAUGGAGGGUCUGGAGGCCUUCAAUGACAUGAUGCAACACACGCACAUCGGGCCCUGGUACCUGCGGGUGGAGAAGGCCAUCGCUGAGGCCCCUGCAGCACACUGAACACCCCCACCUGGUGGGGAUCAGGCAGCGGAAGACUGCUGGGGACCUGGGCCCCGGGGCCAGUCCCUGGCGACACCGUGUAUCGGGGCGUGGGGUACGGGGUCAUUCUACUUCCUGUCCCCCCCCCCAGCUCCGCAGCUUCUGACACUGAAGCUGCCAGGGCCCUGGAUGCUGGGGACCAGGCCCGGGCUCUGUUUCCUCUCAGAACCACUAGGAGGGUCACGGGUCACCACAAGGACUGCCUCCUGUCCCGCCCCGGUGCUGUCCCAGGCUGGGCCUCCCAGUUCUGCAGGCCCUCUUCCCAGCCACCCCGGAACCUGGGAUGCUGUCGUGCUGCAAUAAAGAGGUUUCCUGCUCCCCUG